CGAUACUCGAGCGGGGGAGAUUUUUGGCGAAUUUGCACAUUUGGUGGGUCGGCGAUUAUUUAUUGGCCCUCUUUUCUCCAGAUUCAACUAGCCAGAAUUUGACACCCUCCGUUCCACUUCCCCGUAACUGGACAACACCCUAACAAUUCAUUUGCCCCCGUCUAGCACCGCCGCAAACCCACUGCCAAAAUUGUUACCCAGCCAUGCUGUAUACGCACGCUACCAUCAUCACGAUGGAUGGCUCCCGUCGGAUCAUCGACGAUGGAGCCAUUCGUGUGGAUGGCAAUAAUAUCGCUGAUAUAGGCAAGACUGCCGUGCUGAAGGAGCGAUACCCGGAAGAUGAGGAGUACGAUCUGUCCGGUCGCAUCAUCAUCCCCGGGUUGAUCUCUACUCAUAUGCAUACGGCACAGACCCUGCUGCGAGGAACUGCUGAUGACCUCGAGCUGGUGUCGUGGCUGUGCGAGCGUAUCUGGGUGCUGCAGGGUAAUUUUACCGAGGCAGAUGGGUAUGCGGCGGCGCGGUUGAGUAUUGGCGAGAUGUUGAAGUCGGGCACGACUUGUUUCUUGGAGAGCAUGUUUGCCGAUCGAUAUGGCUUUGAUGGACUGGCUCGUGCGGUCGAAGAGUCGGGUAUUCGAGGCUGUCUGGGCAAGAUUGUCAUGGACAUUGCCAAGUAUGCCAAAGACGAUGCGUGGGCUAUGCAUCCUGGUCUGGUUGAAAACCGAGAGACUUCUCUCUUGGGUACCUUGAAGAUGUGGGAGAAGUGGAAUGGCGCAGCCAAUGAUCGUAUUCGCGUCUGGUUUGGUGCCAGAACGCCUGGCGGUGUCUCCGAUGCUCUUUACAAAGAAAUGACCGCCAUCUCCCGCGAAAAGGGAAUCCCCGUUACUAUGCACUGUGCUGAAGUCAAGGCUGACCGGGAGUUCUUCGCCUCCGUGUCGCACACCCCCAUGUCGUAUUGUGAUUCGGUUGGCCUGUUGAGCCCAUCUACCGUCCUGGUGCACAUGGUGCACCUCGAUGACUCGGAUAUCAAGACUCUGGCAGCAUCCGGAACUCACGUCGCCCACUGCCCUACCUCCAAUGCCAAGCUGGCCUCGGGUAUUUGCCGAGUCCCUGACUUGCAAAAGGCGGGCGUCAACAUUGGCCUAGGCACCGAUGGAGCUCCUUGCAACAACACCUGCGAUCUUUUGCAGGAGAUGAAACUGGCCGCGAUCAUUCACAAGAGCAUCUCGUAUGACCCGACUGCUGUCCCUGCCGAGUCCGUUCUCGAGAUGGCAACCAUUAAUGGUGCCAAGGCUUUGGGCCUGGAUGACCGCAUUGGUAGCUUAGAAGUUGGCAAGAAGGCUGACUUUGUGGCCAUCGACGUCCGUGGCAUCCAUAACCAGCCAUGGCAUAAUCCCGCCAGUGCGGUGGUGUACACUGCUACCGGUCGCGACGUCGACGUCGUCGUCGUCGAUGGCAAAGUGCUCGUCCAGAAUGGCGAGCUUCUGACGAUGGAUGAGAAGGAGAUCAUCGAGGAGGCCAAGAAGCGCAGCCGUGAGGUUGUUGAGCGCGCUGGUCUUUCCAGCAAGAUGAAGGGCCGCUGGCCCAUCGAGUAGAGGGAGAAUUAAUUCCCCUCUACUCCUACACGGAGCAAUGACUCUGUGGAUUUUUUUACUUUUAUUUUUUCGUGACUUUUACUGACAUUCUUGAGGAGCCAUUGGCGAGCACAUAGCCGAUCUUUCUUGUAUUAUUAGUUUUUUCUAACAUCGCAAUGGCAUGAUACCCUCAUCGUUUUCUUAUCAAUUUGAGAUUCAUCUUCACUUCUCAUGUCAUUUGUACCCCGUACUUCUUACUGAAUGGGCUGGGG